ACUGAAUCUCGAUCUUCCCUCUUUCGAUUUCCAGCCACGGCAACCAGUGAUUGAAACUGUGUCGUUUUCGUUGUGCGGUGAAAGGUCGCGUUCGUCCGCACUUUUCCUGGCGGUUAAAUCGGGGUUCAAGUACGCGGUUUGCCCGCAGCAAACAGAUCGGUAAACAAGCAGAAAACAGGAGAGGAAACUAAACCAAACUUAAAUCUGUUGCGUCGCGUUCAGAGCGGUACAUACCUCGAUCCCUCUCGCGAUUAUUUCCUCUUUUUCACUGGACGAGGAAGGCUGUUGGAUUGGGUUCGAGCGCACUGGCUUCUCAAGUCUCAACGGGCUGUCGUGAUUUAAUAAGUUUCCAUCUACUAUUUAUAUACGUUUAGCCUGCUCCCGGAGGUCAGUUUUACAUGUAGGAAAAACAACAAAUUCCAUUCUGCUGGUUCGACUGGCACCGAUUCUGAAGUUAAUUUCCAGAUGCAGAGUAAACAAACACGCUUUACGAGCAGAUAUCCAAAGAAAGACUUGAUCUGCACGUGCACGCUUUCGCUCAGAGACGUUCUGCGUCUUUAUUUGGAGUUUUAAGGAGAGGGCUUGUUUCGAAGCCAAAGGAACAGGGGGUCGUUUCUUGAUGUACUGAACGAAGAGGAACGUCCUAUGUGCGGCGUCCGCUUUUCCUGACAGAAACAGCCAUCAAAGCCCUAAAGAAGUUUCUCCUUGGUGCGUCUUGAAUCUACAUCCCCUUGCUGCCCCGCUGCUGCUGUAACAUGUCUGACCACAAUCAUCAUCUUCAAAAACACUUCCUCUGAUGCAUGUUCGCUCUCUACACGAAAAGACAAUUCUACUCUACAUCCGGUUGCACACACAGCAAGGCCCGUUGAAAUUGGGAAAAGCGUGUCUACUACCUGAAGCGUUCCAGUCUUACGUUUACAAGCUGACAGAUCAGAAGUCUCGCGUCCUGAGGUGUGACUGAAACUCAACGAGUCAAAAUGGCCAACAACACCGCGGACCACCCGCAGGGGAACUCGGUUGUUGAGGUCGACCACGAUGGGGAGUUUGGCUGCUCGACAAUGCAGCUCCGCCAGCUGAUGGAACUCCGCAGCGGUGAGGCGGUCUCCAAGAUAGCUGAAUGCUAUGGAGAUGUGCAGGGGAUCUGCCGCAGGCUUAAGACAUCGGCAAUCGACGGACUCUCUGGUGACCCUGCUGAUUUGGAAAAACGCCGCACAGUGUUCGGUCAAAACUUAAUUCCCCCUAAGAAGCCCAAGACCUUUCUUCAGUUGGUGUGGGAAGCUCUCCAGGAUGUCACUCUCAUUAUUCUGGAGGUGGCUGCCAUUAUUUCCCUGGGCCUGUCCUUUUACCACCCACAAGGGGAAGGCAGUGACAACUGCGGUCAAGCAGCUGGAGGUGUGGAGGAUGAGGGUGAAGCUCAGGCAGGCUGGAUCGAAGGUGCUGCCAUCUUGUUUUCCGUCAUCAUUGUGGUGCUGGUGACGGCCUUCAAUGAUUGGAGUAAAGAGAAACAGUUCCGUGGGCUGCAGAGUCGGAUCGAGCAGGAGCAGAAGUUUACGGUCAUCCGGAAAGGGCAGGUCAUCCAGAUACCCGUGGCUGAGAUUGUCGUGGGUGACAUCGCGCAAAUCAAAUAUGGUGACCUUCUCCCAGCCGAUGGUGUCUUCAUCCAGGGUAAUGACCUGAAAAUAGAUGAAAGCUCUCUGACUGGAGAGUGCGAUCAGGUCCGCAAAUCUGUGGAAAAGGACCCUAUGCUUCUGUCGGGAACUCACGUGAUGGAGGGAUCUGGCAAAAUGGUGGUCAGUGCUGUGGGCCUGAAUUCGCAGACAGGAAUCAUUUUCACCCUUUUGGGCACUAGCAAUGAGGAUGAGGAGAAGAAGGUGAAGAAAGGUAAAAAACAAGGACCCCCUGAAAAUCGCAACAAAGCUAAGACCCAGGACGGCAUCGCUCUGGAGAUCCAGCCGCUGAAGAGCGAGGAAGGAGCGGAAUCUGAAGAAAAGGAGGAGAAGGAAGAAAAGGAGAAAAAGAAGUUCAAAGUCACGAAGAAGGAGAAGUCGGUCCUGCAGAGCAAGCUGACAAGGUUGGCGGUUCAGAUUGGUAAAGCAGGUCUCAUCAUGUCUGCUGCGACGGUCAUCAUUCUCAUCCUUUACUUUGUCAUCGAUACCUUCGGCGUUCAGGGGCGCGAAUGGACGGCCGAGUGCACGCCAAUCUACAUUCAAUACUUCGUCAAAUUUUUCAUUAUUGGUGUGACGGUGCUGGUGGUGGCAGUGCCUGAGGGAUUGCCUCUGGCUGUCACUAUCUCUCUGGCAUAUUCAGUUAAGAAAAUGAUGAAGGAUAAUAACCUUGUAAGGCAUCUGGAUGCAUGUGAAACCAUGGGUAACGCCACUGCCAUAUGCUCUGAUAAAACCGGAACGCUGACCAUGAAUCGGAUGACCGUGGUGCAGGCCUUUGUAAGUGACACACACUACAAGAAAGUUCCUGAACCAGAUGUCCUAAAUACACAGAUUCUAGAGCUGCUGGUGAACAGCAUUUCCAUUAAUUCAGCGUACACUAGCAAGAUCCUGCCCCCAGAAAGGGAAGGUGGUCUGCCAAGGCAUGUGGGUAAUAAGACAGAGUGUGGCCUUCUGGGAUUUGUGCUGGAACUGAAACAAGAUUAUCAGCCUAUUAGGGACGAGGUUCCAGAGGAAAUAUUUUACAAGGUUUACACUUUCAACUCCACCAGGAAGAGCAUGAGUACUGUGCUGAAGAACUCAACGGGCACCGGAUUUCGUAUGUACAGCAAGGGCGCCUCUGAGAUCAUCCUGCGCAAAUGCUCCCACAUCCUUGAUGCUUCAGGCCAGCCUCGUGUCUUUAAAGCCAAGGAUCGGGAUGAUAUGGUAUGCAAAGUCAUCGAGCCGAUGGCCUGUGAAGGCUUAAGGACCAUUUGUGUAGCAAUGCGAGACUUUCCAACCGAACCUGACUGGGAAAACGAGGCUGAGAUACUUAACAACCUGACCUGUAUUUGUGUGGUGGGCAUUGAAGACCCUGUCCGCCCUGAGGUUCCUGAGGCUAUUUUUAAAUGUCAGCAAUCAGGCAUUACAGUCCGCAUGGUCACCGGAGACAACAUUAACACAGCCCGUGCCAUAGCCACAAAGUGUGGAAUCUUGCAGCCCGGAGAGGACUUCCUGUGCCUGGAGGGCAAAGAGUUCAACCAGCAGAUCCGCAAUGAUAAAGGAGAUGUGGAGCAAGAGCGUCUUGACAAGAUCUGGCCUAAAUUGCGAGUUCUAGCCCGUUCCUCCCCAACGGACAAACAUACUCUGGUCAAAGGCAUCAUUGACAGCACAGUUGGAGAGACCAGACAGGUGGUGGCUGUGACUGGAGACGGAACUAAUGACGGUCCUGCUCUCAAAAAAGCAGAUGUCGGCUUUGCGAUGGGAAUUGCUGGCACUGAUGUUGCAAAGGAGGCCUCUGACAUCAUUCUCACAGACGACAACUUUACCAGUAUUGUCAAAGCCGUAAUGUGGGGACGGAACGUGUACGAUAGUAUUUCCAAGUUUUUGCAGUUUCAGCUGACAGUCAAUGUGGUGGCUGUGAUCGUGGCGUUCACUGGAGCCUGCAUCACACAGGAUUCCCCACUUAAAGCGGUUCAGAUGUUAUGGGUGAAUCUGAUUAUGGACACGCUGGCUUCAUUGGCUCUGGCCACCGAACCCCCGACAGAAUCACUCCUGCUGCGCAAACCUUAUGGGCGGGACAAGCCACUCAUUUCCAGGACUAUGAUGAAGAACAUCUUAGGUCAUGCUGUCUAUCAGCUUGUCAUCACAUUUACUCUUCUCUUUGCUGGUGAGAAGUUCUUUAGCAUUGACAGCGGCCGCAACACACCCCUCCACUCUCCGCCAUCCGAGCACUACACUAUCAUCUUCAAUGUGUUUGUCAUGAUGCAGCUGUUUAACGAGAUCAAUGCCCGGAAGAUCCAUGGCGAAAGGAACGUGUUCGAGGGAAUCUAUCGCAACCCCAUAUUCUGCCUCGUCGUGGUGGGAACCUUUGCUCUGCAGAUCAUAAUUGUGCAGUUUGGAGGGAAGCCGUUCUCCUGCACGGCCCUCACCAUCGAUCAAUGGCUCUGGUGUGUGUUUAUAGGGGUUGGUGAGCUGCUCUGGGGACAGUUCAUCUCUGCCAUCCCCACGCACCGCCUCAAGUUCCUGAAGGAGGCCGGUCAUGGCAUACCGAAAGAGGAGAUCGCAGAGGAUGUGCUGACAGAGGGUGACGAUGAGAUAGACCUUGUAGAUAUGGAGCUGCGCAGGGGACAGGUUCUGUGGUUCAGAGGACUCAACCGCAUCCAGACUCAGAUUAAGGUGGUGAAUGCAUUCCGUAGCUCCCUAUACGAGGGUCUAGAGAAGCCAGAAUCCAGAAGCGCGAUCCAUAAUUUCAUGUCUCAUCCUGAGUUCGGACCCCUUUCUGAGGAGGAACCCCGCGACCCCACGAUAGAGGAGAGCUGUGUAGAGAUCGAGAUGCUCCCCUCCUCUUCCAAAAACGGAGGUGGCGGCGAGCCCCCAGGCCGCUCUCUCCACAGCCAGGAAUGUUCCGUCUGACCCCCCCACAUCUGUUCCUUGUCCAGUGUCAUUGCCCUAGAAUGUUUUUUACAUGCGCGCUGGACACCACCACUCAUCUGGUGAACCCGAGGAGAGUCCGGCCAAUGCACAUCAGAGGGACAGCGCCUGCAGUGGCCGAUGGGGCGACCACAAUCCUUCUCACCCUCCUUCAUAGCUGGUGUCCUCCAUACCCCACCCUUCAACCCCUCUGCCCCUCUCGACUUGCACUGUGUCGCCAACAACAGCAGCAGCAGCACUCUGUAAGUACAUGCUGCUGUGCUGCAGCCCAUGUGAAGCAUGGCCUAACUCGCACACUAGAGGGCGGCACUGCGGCAGAUGCCCUCUCUCAGCCUGUCACUGGCAUUUUUAUCUCUUCUACAGUUGUGAUUUUCUCAUCUCUGGUGUCUUGUAUUGCUGUAAUCAUUUUUUGUUUUGUCCUAGGACUCUCAUUUGCAUAAUUUUGAUCCAGCCCAUUUUGUUCAUCCACUCAGUUGCUGUUUGGAUUUUUAUUUAGAUUUUAUUUCUCUUUUUUGCUCUGUUUUAAGGUGGAUUGAAAAACAUGGCAGUUCAGCUUAUCCCUGUUACUCAUUUUUUUAUGUUUUCAAUUUUAAUGGACAGUGUAAAAUAGUUCAGACACACUAAAUUCUUGUCAAGUAGGAUGCUGAUUUCGAGUGUUCUGUCACUUUAUAUGUACAGAUGUAAGGCUGCUAUAGUGACCAUUAGCAGAAUAAAAAGACUCUAAAAACGCCUAUUGGAUAGCCAUGAGUACCCAAUUGGCUCUUGAGGGGGCAGAGAGGGUCAACCCACAUCAUCUCAAUGCAUCACACCCAAAGGCAUCUCUAGUCUCUUGUUAGACCAUUUAAUGCUUACCUGCCUCAAAACAAAGUUCCAUCGAAUCCCCUGGCUAACCGACCAAGUACUUUAUCAAAGGUACAGCACAUCACCAUAGUGUGCAUGUAUCUGUAGGUUCAUCUGUGUCUGAUUGUAUGGGAAUGGGAAUUGUUAUGCUUAUCUACUAAUAAAAAAUAUUCCUUU